AUGAGCAAGCAGCAAGAUGCUGAAUUCACCAGCAACCAGCAAGGCUUGACUAUAGUUGGGCCUAUUGAGCAGAGAAAAACUAUCACCAUGUCUUCUGCUGUGCUUCUUAUAGGAGUUCUCUGCAUUUUAGGAGCAAAUGGUUUUGCCUCUGAAGGGAAAGCAAGGUUGAAAAGGGAACCUAAUGCUCCAGCACCCAUUGACUGCUUGCUGACUACCUGGAGUGCUUGGGGACCAUGUAGUCCGUGCUCAAAAGAAAGAUACCGCUCAAGGAGCAUUCUGAAGUUUGGACAGUUUGGAGGAAAGCCAUGCAUUGUAGCCCUGAGCGAUAAACAGACCUGUGAGACAAGAAUUCCAUGCCCGGACAAGAGAGGUCAUUGUGGGAAGCAAGAGUUCGAAUGUGAAAAUGGAUAUUGUCUAAAGGGUAGGCUGGUGUGUAACACAGAAAAUGACUGUGGUGACUUCUCUGAUGAAGAUAAUUGUGAUGAAACCAAACGCCCACCCUGUGGGGAUCGUGACAUUGACGUAUCAGAACUUGGAAGAACAGCUGGACAAGGUAUGAAUGUGCUGGGAAUGAAACCGGCUCAAAAAGCCCUUUACAAUGAGUUCUACAAUGGCAUCUGUGACAGAGUCCGUGAUGGGAACACAGCCACUUAUUACCGCAAGCCAUGGAAUGUGGCUUUCCUCAGUUAUGAAACAAGAGGAGACAAAAAAUUUACAAGUGAAUUCUACAGUGACCAAGGAAAAACAAUGGAAAAAAUAGUCAGUACAAAAUCACACACCCUAGAUGUGAGCUUCUCUCUUCAACUGAAACCGCCUUUGCUCCCUGUAUCGGGUGGUUUUGAGACAGGCAUAAAUUUUGCCAAAUCAUCCAGCCUGAGUGACUUCUUAGAGAAAACCAAAGGAAAGAGUUAUAUGUAUUUACAUGUCAAAUCUAAUAUACAACUGGGAACUUUCCAAUUGCGAAAACGUAAUUUGCGCUUGAGUGAGACAUUCCUUGAAGAUCUAAAUAUGUUGCCCAGUACCUAUGAGAAGGGAGAGUAUUUUACAUUUCUGGAAAUAUAUGGAACUCAUUAUUCACAGAGAGGAACCAUUGGAGGAAAAUAUGAAUUAAUAUACGUGCUGGAUAACCGAACUAUGACAUCACAACGGAUCACUACAAAAGAUGUAAAUGAAUGUCUAGGCUUUAAUUUAAAUAUUGAGGCCAACAUAUUUUUCGCAGAAGUCAAAACGAAGAUUAAAAAUGAAAAAUGUAAAAGGUUACAGUCAGAAAACGGUUCUGCGAAUGAAAAAAAAGGCAUUAUCCAAGAUAUAGUCUCUCUGAUUCAAGGUGGAACAACAGCUACUCUAACAAAGUUGAAUGAAAUGCUUUCUUCAAAUGUCAAUUCUGUUGAUGUUGAACAGUAUGUUGAAUGGGCUGCUACAUUACCUCAAGCUCCUGCUCUGAUCAAACAAGAGAUGGCCCCGAUUUCUGAACUUAUCCCACUGAAUAUCCCAGACUCCCGAAUAAAGAAAGUAAAUCUGGACAGAGCUGUAGAGGAUUACGUGGCUGAAUACAGCGUAUGCAAAUGCAAACCUUGUCUGCAUGGUGGAACGGUGAUCCUGAUAGAAGGGAAGUGUGAAUGUGCUUGCACUCCAUUUUACAAGGGAGAAGCCUGCGAAAUACCCACUUCAGAUUUGAUACCAGCUGAUACAGCCAUUCAUGGGAGCUGGAGCUGCUGGUCUAACUGGUCCACCUGUCAGCAAGGACGACGCCAGCGAACAAGAAAAUGUAAUAAUCCUGCCCCUGGAUAUAGGGGCAGGUCAUGUCCUGGCGCAAAUUUAGAACCAGGCCAUUGUUAAUUUCAGAAGAUAACUAACAGACAUUGCCAAUAUUGAUGACUGAUGUUCCAUUUAAACAACGGCAAACAGAUUUUUCUAAGUUUAUAUAGCAAUGGGGGAAAAACUGAAGAAUUAAAUAUAAAUUGUUGCAAGUUGCUAAACAUAGAAAAUGUUUGGGUUUACCAGAUUUAGAAUUGUAUUCUGAUGCUUCUUGUUUGGUCUGGCUGAAAGACUGGGUUACCAUUAAAAAUAAGAGAUUAGUACAACUGGAUGGCACACCUACU